AAGCAAAAGAAAUUAAAAAAACCAAAAAAUCGAAUAAAUAGAAAAUAAACAAAUAGAAAACAGUGCACACAAAUUGUUAUAAGUAAACAUAAACAAAUUGUGCACGAAACAAAAAGUAAAAACAAAAAAAGAAAAAUAAUCAAAUAAAAAAAUGAGUGCUACUCAGCCUCACCAGCAAGGCCGUAGGCAUUCUUUAAAUGCCUACUUUAGCUUUGUCGAGCCAACAACAGUAACUCCUGGCAAAAACAAAAUUAACGGCGAUGACUCAUCAUCGCAGCGAUCAGCUGAAAGAGCAUGUAAGCAAGCGGAGCCAGCAGAAGCAGCAGAGAACAGCAAAAGGGCAACAACAAAUGCGUUGACAGCAAACAGUACGCAGGUACCAGCAAGCACCCGGUCAGCGAAGGAAAACAAAAAGCAAGGUGAGAAUGUACCAAGCAAAAAAGGACCGUCUGUUCAGACUGGUAUUGAUCGCUAUAUUAACGUAAAAAGGAAACUAAGUCCAGUUAAAUCAGCCGUCAAUACCAAAAAAUUUCAACCAGGCACGCCAAAUGGUAAAAAGCCAGAAAUUCUUAAUGGCAACAGAUUUGCCUUAUUAAGCAAGGAGCCUAACGACGAAGCAAAGGGUACCACAACGGUCGUGAAUGCCAAACCCCCUCCAAUCUAUUUGCGUGAGUGUAGCUCAAAUGCGCUUGUUUCCAAAAUGAGCAAUUUAAUAGGCACAAACAAUUUUCACAUUGUGCCCUUGAAAAAAGGUAACAUAGAUGAAACAAAAAUUCAAACAUACACUGAAAAAAGUUUCAUGGAUACUGUAAAAUUCCUAUCAGAUAAUAACAAGAAUUACUACUCUUACCAACUGAAGAGCUCAAAAGGCCUAGUUGUUGUAAUAAAAGGUAUAGAGUCUUCGGUAGACUCUAACGACGUUAAAGAAGCACUAGAAGAAGGUGGUUUUAGCAUUAAAUCAGUAGUAAAUAUUUUUAACAGGAACAAAGUCCCACAACCAAUGUUCAAAAUAGAAUUUAUGCCAGAUUCUAACAAAUUAAAGAAAAAUGAAAUACACCCGAUUUACAAUUUAAAAUAUCUUCUCCAUCGCAGAUGUUAG